AUGGCGGCCCGAUUCGUGACCCCCAUAGCACUUCCGCUGAUUCAUCUGUACCAACAGCCACGACCUCAGUUCCCGAAUCCAGGAUACCUCCCCAACGGUACAGCCUCAGGGCCGACUCCUGGGGCUCAAGCGCUCUUGCCAAACAACGGCCGCAUCAUUCAGUCCGGUUCCAUUCGAGUUCUUUGCAUCGCAGAUGUCAGAGGAAAUCUCAGAUCUCUCAAUGAGCUGGCAAAAACUGCGAAGGCCGACUAUAUUUUACACACCGGCGAUUUUGGGUUCUAUGACAACACUUCGCUGGAGAGGAUAGCCGAGAAGACACUGAAACAUGUCGCCCAAUACUCUCCACUCCUGAGUGAAAAUGUCAAGCGCCAAAUUGCUCAGCCUCAGCCUCAGCGGCCGAUCAAGCAAAUGUUCACACCGGACCAACUACCCCUGUCAGAAUUACCACUUCUGCUCAACAAGCAAAUCACCCUUGACGUGCCUGUUUACACGGUUUGGGGCGCUUGCGAAGAUGUGAGAGUGUUGGAACGUUUUCGGUCGGGCGAGUACAAGGUGGACAAUCUGCACAUUAUCGACGAGGUUAAUUCAAGAUUACUCGAUAUUGGCGGAGUAAAACUCAGACUCCUCGGUCUCGGCGGCGCAGUCGUCAUUCACAAGCUGUUUGACAACGGAGAAGGCAAAACCUAUAUUGCAGGCGGCCAAGGCACCAUGUGGACAACGCUGCUUCAGAUUGGCGCUCUGAUCGACACUGCGAACCGCGUUUACGACCCCUCAGAAACCCGCAUCUUUCUGACACACGCGUCACCUGCCAGGGACGGCAUCCUCAACCAGCUCUCUGUCACUCUGAAGGCUGAUUUCUCCAUUUCAGCGGGUCUACAUUUCCGAUACGGCAGCUCCUACAACGAGUUUUCUGUCAAUCCAUCGCUUGACCACUACCGCGGAAAGUUGGCGGCGUCCAAAGCGUCCUUCCAGGAUGUGUGGGAGACUGUCAAGAUGGACGUGGAGCAGGCGAUCGAACAAAAUACCAAUCACAAGGCUCUUCUUCACAGCGCUCUGGAAAUUGUAGAGAAGAUGCCCAGUACUGCUAAUGGAGGCAAUCCUUUUGGCGGUCCUGUGGGCGGUGGACCGGGGGCAGGCCAGGUUGACGAAAGUGCCUUUAAAAACAUGUGGAACUUCAAUCUCGCAGACGCUGCAUUCGGCUACCUUGUUUUGGAAAUUGAAGGUGGCCGUAUUGGUACGGAGAUGCGGGCACAAGGCUUCAACUUUGCUCAUCGCGGAAAACCAACAGUCCCUUCGACUAUUCCUCAACCACCGCCGACAGGCCCAGGAUCCGUGGUCUCGGGUCCCGUGCCUCCUGCCCCUGCUUCGACUGGUCCACCUCAAAACCGCACUCCUGCGUUCCCUGCACCGGCACAACCUUUCCCACAGCAACAGAAGCCUCUGCAGCAACAACCGCCCCCACAACAUCAGCAGCAGCAGAGCAGACCUGGUCAAACUCCUCAGCCCGCUCCAACACCUGCUGUUAAAAUGGGAACUCCUCCUGCAGAAGGGUCUCCUGCUCCGCCUGUGACCCAGGGAAAGCCAUUGACGCCUCAACCAUCGACUUCAGGAGUUCCAACAACUUCUGCCCUUGCGGCCACCAACGGUACCAGUGGGGACAAGAUCAGUGAAGGUGACGGUGCUAAAGCCAAAGUUGCAACGCCUCCAGCCGAUCGCAGACCUCCGACUGCUCUUUAUGUGUCUCAGGCCGACAGUGAACAGCAUAUCCGAGACUGUUUUGGUGACGAAGACCGUGAAAAGAUCAAGGCCAUUAGCCGGAUGGGCAAAUUUCCCAACUGGAAGGUGCAAUUCGAGACGCAUGAAAUUGCCGAAGCUGCUUUGAGCAGAGUGCAAGGCGAAGCGCAAAACCACAAGAAUUCUUCCGGCAAAAUUCCGAAGUUUACAUGGUUUGAAGAGCGCACUGACCGUGUUCCCGGUCUUCAUCAACGUGACAACCACAGCCAAGGUGGAGUUGGGACAUGGCAGCCUAGUAACCGGGGGGCGGCUGGAUCGACCAAUGCUCCCAGAGGCGGAGGGUAUCAGAGCGGAGGAGCAAGUGACAGUGAAGGCGGUCGAGGCCGAGGCGGAUUCCGCGGGCGUGGGCGCGGUCGGGGAGAUGAUCGAGGUGGGCGCGGCGGUCGAGGUGGCGGACGAGGCACUUACCAGAACAAGACGACUGAUGGAGCCGCGGACAGCAAACCCGCAGAUUCGAAGCCCAGCGAGGUCAAGCCAGCUGCUACUGCAGGCGAGAAUUGA